CUCGUAUUUCAUUCUACGAUACGCGCCUCGUAUUUCAUUCUACGAUACGCGCCUCGUAUUUCAUUCUACGAUACGCGCCUCGUAUUUCAUUCUACGAUACGCGCAUCGUAUUUCAUUCUACGAUACGCGCAUCGUAUUUCAUUCUACGAUACGCCACCUCGUAUCUCUAACCCUGUUGGUUGUGAUGUCUGUGGUCCUCAGAGGUCAGUUGAAGCCCCGUGGCUGUCCAGGGUUGAGUCCAGCUGCGUGGUGGUUGGUCAGGGGGUGCUGAUGUGCGUGGACCUCGCCACUCUCGCCCUCUACACCCUCCCUAUACAGGCCGAGGAGACGCCACAGUUCAGCAGGAUCCUACUACAGGUAACUCCUGCUCAACCAUGACUUGAAGCUCCGACACUCCGGUGGUGUGCAGCUUUCUUUACACUUGAUAGUCUGUUUGGUGGACAUGGUGGGAUGUGACCGGUUAUAGAUUGUAGCUUUAGAUUAAAACAUCUACAAAACAACUAUAAAUGUUUUUAUGACGGUGUGAACCCCCCCCCCCCCCCCCCCCCCCUCUCUCUAUCUACCCCCUCCCCCUAGUCUCUGGAUCUGGAGGUGUCCCCAGGCUUCCAGCCCGUCCUGGUGUCCAGCCAGCCCCACCCGGCCCGCUCCCCACUCUCAGAGUUCUUUCUCCAGCUAGGACCAGAUCACCACAUCCUGUUGCAGCUCCAUGAUGAUGGAUCCACCAUCGCCCCACUCAGAGACUUCCAGCCGGUACAGAAUCACCAUUCAUUCAUUCAAUAGAAUUCCAUUCAAUAAACUUAAUUUAUCCCAGUCAGUUAUUAUUAUUAUUAUUAUUAUUACAACUAUUAUUAUUGGCACUGACCCUUGUUUUUUUUUCUACAUUAUACCAUUCAUGUUUUCCCUGUACUACACGUCUCUCUGGAUAGAGCAUACAGUGAGGGGAAAAAGUAUUUGAUCCCCUGCUGAUUUUGUACGUUUGCCCACUGACAAAGAAAUUAUCAGUCUAUAAUUUUAAUGGUAGGUUUAUUUGUACAGUGAGAGACAGAAUAACAACAAAAAAAUCCAGAAAAACGCAUGUCAGAAAUGUUAUAAAUUGAUUUGCAUUUUAAUGAGGGAAAUAAGUAUUUGACCCCCUCUCAAUCAGAAAGAUUUCUGGCUCCCAGGUGUCUUUUAUACAGGUAACGAGCUGAGAUUAGGAGCACACUCUUAAAGGGAGUGCUCCUAAUCUCAGUUUGUUACCUGUAUAAAAGACACCUGUCCACCGAAGCAAUCAAUCAAUCAGAUUCCAAACUCUCCACCAUGGCCAAGACCAAAGAGCUCUCCAAGGAUGUCAGGGACAAGAUUGUAGACCUACACAAGGCUGGAUUGGGCUACAAGAUCAUCGCCAAGCAGCUUGGUGAGAAGGUGACAACAGUUGGUGCGAUUAUUCGCAAAUGGAAGAAACACAAAAUAACUGUCAAUCUCCCUCGGCCUGGGGCUCCAUGCAAGAUCUCACCUCGUGGAGAUGCAAUGAUCAUGAGAACGGUGAGGAAUCAGCCCAGAACUACACGGGAGGAUCUUGUCAAUGAUCUCAAGGCAGCUGGGACCAUAGUCACCAAGAAAACAAUUGGUAACACACUAUGCCGUGAAGGACUGAAAUCCUGCAGCGCCCGCAAGGUCCCCCUGCUCAAGAAAGCACAUAUACAGGCCCGUCUGAAGUUUGCCAAUGAACAUCUGAAUGAUUCAGAGGAGAACUGGGUGACAGUGUUGUGGUCAGAUGAGACCAAAAUCGAGCUCUUUGGCAUCAACUCAACUCGCCGUGUUUGGAGGAGGAGGAAUGUUGCCUAUGACCCCAAGAACACCAUCCCCACCGUCAAACAUGGAGGUGGAAACAUUAUGCUUUGGGGGUGUUUUUUUGCUAAGGGGACAGGACAACUUCACCGCAUCAAAGGGACGAUGGACGGGGCCAUGUACCGUCAAAUCUUGGGUGAGAACCUCCUUCCCUCAGCCAGGGCAUUGAAAAUGGGUCGUGGAUGGGUAUUCCAGCAUGACAAUGACCCAAAACACAUGGCCAAGGCAACAAAGGAGUGGCUCAAGAAGAAGCACAUUAAGGUCCUGGAGUGGCCUAGCCAGUCUCCAGACCUUGAUCCCAUAGAAAAUCUGUGGAGGGAGCUGAAGGUUCGAGUUGCCAAACGUCAGCCUGGAAACCUUAAUGACUUGGAGAAGAUCUGCAAAGAGGAGUGGGACAAAAUCCCUCCUGAGAUGUGUGCAAACCUGGUGGCCAACUACAAGAAACGUCUGACCUCUGUGAUUGCCAACAAGGGUUUUGCCACCAAGUACUAAGUCAUGUUUUGCAGAGGGGUCAAAUACUUAUUUCCCUCAUUAAAAUGCAAAUCAAUUUAUAACAUUUUUGACAUGAGUUUUUCUGGAUUUUUUUGUUAUUCUGUCUCACUGUUCAAAUAAACCUACCAUUUAAAAUUAUAGACUGAUCAUGUCUUUGUCAGUGGGCAAACGUACAAAAUCAGCAGGGGAUCAAAUACUUUUUUCCCUCACUGUAUGUUAUUAUACCAUUCAACCUGAACAAGAUUUGACCUCAAAUGGGAGGUCAAUGGAGCUGAGUGAGUUCUGUGACUAACUAACUAACUGGAGAAUAUCCAUGUUUCCAGGCGUUCUUGGUCUCAUUUGCCACCACAGGGGAGAAGACGGUUGCUGCCGUCAUGACUCCCAAAAACGAAACUGUGAGUCGUCCAAAAAAAUCAACAACCAGUUGUUUUUAAGAUGUCUCAGAAUGACCUAAAAUCGAAGUGUUGCGUCGUGCAUGUGGUCACAUAGUGUAGUUAGUUAUGCUGAAGUAAGUAACCCGUUGGUAAGCUUCCUCUCUGUUCCUACUCCAGGCGUGUGCUAUCAAUCUGUUCAGCGCUGACUCUGGUCGCAGGUUGCUGGAUACAACUGUCAUCUUUCCCCUGGAUCUUAACGGUGGGAAGCCACACAAGGUGAGUGUAUCUGCAGGCAGUAUAGGGUGGAGUGGGGGCCGCAAAAAAUCUGAACUCGUCACGUGGGGGGCCGCAGUGGCUUGUGGGUCUGCAUACCCACAUCCAUACUUCAACCUUGCGAGCAAAAUAUUUACGGUAACCCCCUCUUGACAGCGGAGAUAAUUGUUUUUUUGUUUUUUUGAGUUAAUUUAAAUUGUUUAUUUUUUGGGGUCUUUGGGAAUUUAUCCGCGGGCUUACGAAAGGGGGGCCGCCAAUUGCCCAUCCUUGGUAUUGAUUAUAGAGCACUACGGCCCCCCGUUUGAAGGCCCUCUGAUCAAUUUACUCAGUCGGUGUCUCAACUUACUGUUGUGAGUUUGAAUAGUAGAAUACACAAGGUGCAAAUUUGGUUGUGCAUCAGAAGUUUUUCUCUUGUUAUGUCAGUCAAUUAGCCCAUAUCAGCAUUGUUGGGGUGAUUGCCAAGUUAGUCAUGGGCGACUUACCAGCCAGGGGGCCCCUAUUGAUUUUGUUACUCAGUCUCACUCAGAUAUCAUAUUAAAAACCUGCCAAAUUUUCUCUCAACCCUAUGGCAAAAUGUGUAGAAUUGCACAAAAUUAACUCUAAAACCUACGAAAUGUCUCUCCGCUGUCAAGACGGGGGGAGGGGUGUGUCUGGAUGUGGGUACGCAGACCCACGAGCAAUUGCCCCCCCCCUCAGGAUGUGUUCAGAUUGUUUGUGGCCCCCACGCCCAUCAAACCCGCCCGUCCCUGGUAUAGAGUAGUCUGGCAUGAGCCCCACCGACCCGACCCUUCACCUAAAGAAAAGUCUAUAGGAAACACUGUUGGAAUCUACCUAUGUAGGGGUGCUGGAGGGCAAUCAAUCAAUCAAUCAAUCAAUCAAUCAAUCAAAUGUGUGUGCUUAAAGACGUCCUCCAGCUAUUUUUUUUUACUUUUCUUGUUGAAAAGCUAAAGGGUAAAAUAAAAUGUUUAAAGCAAAUAGUGUUUUUUUUUUUUUUUACACAACUGCAAACUUCAGGGAGUAGGGCGUUCAAGGGGUUGGUCUGAUGUGAUGUCACUUUCCUCCCCCCUUGCUUGAGGAGCAACAGAGGAAAGCCCCCCCCCCCCCCCCCCCCCCCCCCCACCCACCCACUUGUGCCAUGUCAUGACUUACCCGUGUCUCCUGUUGAGACGUGUCUCCUGUUGAGACGUGUCUCCUGUUGAGGAAAUCGGGUGUUAAAUGAGAUGUGUAACAGUAGUGUCUGAUGUAUUUCCUCCCCAGCUGUACGUCCAUGCCUUCCUGAAGAAGGAUGACUCUGUGGGCUACAGGGUCCUAGUGCAGACACUGGACCAUGCUCUCACCUUCAUACAGCAGCCAGGUAGACACACACACACACACACACACACACACUGGAACAGACACACACACACACACACACACACACUGGAACACACACACACACACACACACACACACACACACGCUGGAACAGACACACACACACACACACACACACACACACACUGGAACACACACACACACACACACACACACACACACACACGCUGGAACAGACACACACACACACACACACACACUCACACACUGGAACAGACACACACACACACACACACACUGGAACACACACACACACACACACACACACACACACACACUGGAACAGACUCAAACACUGGAACAGACACACACACACACACACACACACACACACACUGGAACAGACACACACACACACACAUACACACACUGGAACAGACUCAAACACUGGAACAGACACACACACACACACACACACGCUGGAACAGACACACACACACACACACACACACACACACACUGGAACAGACACACACACACACACACACACACACACACACACACACACACACACACACACACACACACACACACACACACACACACUAGACAAGGCUUCUAACCAUCACCUGUGUUUCCAGGGCGUGUGGUGUGGACCAGAGAGGAGGCCUUAGCUGACGUUGUUACCAUGGAGAUGGUGGACCUGCCACUCACUGGGACCCAGGCGGAACUGGAAGGGGAGUUUGGCAAGAAAGCUGGUAAAGAACUUCAAAGAGCCUGGCUAACAUUAUUCAUUUUCUCAUUUUAAAAACAUACAUGGCAAAGACAACGUGCAUAAAUAAAAUGAGUUGUCUCGAAACAAUGCUAUCAAUGCUAUUAUGCCUAGUCAUUCCCUUCAAACCUACAGUGCAUUCGGAAAGUAUUCAGACCCAUUGACUUUUCCCACGUUACAGCCUUAUUUUAAAAUGGAUUAAAUAAACAUAUCUCCUCAUCAAUCCACACACAAUACCCCAUAAUGACAAAGCAAAAACAGGUUUGUAAAAAUCUUAGCAAAUGUAUUACAAAUAAAAAAACAGAAAUACCUUAUUUAGAUAAGUAUUCAGAACCCAUUGCUAUGAGACUCAAAAUUGAGCUCCGGUGCAUCCUGUUUCCAUUGAUCAUCCUUGAGAUGUUUCUACAACUCGAUUGGAGUCCACCUGUGGUAAAUUCAAUUGAUUGGACAUGAUUUGGAAAGGCACCCACCUGUCUAUAUAAGGUCCCACAGUUGACACUGCAUGUCAGAGCAAAAAUCAAGCCAUGAGGUUGAAGGAAUUGUCCGUAGAGCUCAGAGACAGGAUUGUGUCGAGGCACAGAUCUGGGGAAGGGUACCAAAACAUUUCUGCAGCAUUGAAGGUCCCCAAGAACACAGUGGCCUCCAUCAUUCUUAAAUGGAUGAAAUUUGGAACCACCAAGACUUCCUAGAGCUGGCCGCCUGGCCAAACUGAGCAAUCGGGGGAGAAGGGCCUUGGUCAGGGAGGUGACCAAGAACCCGAUGGUCACUCUGCGAGAGCUCCAGAGUUCCUCUGUGGAGAUGGGAGAACCUUCCAGAAGGACAACCAUCUCUGCAGCACUCCACCAAUCAGGCCUUUAUGGUGGAGUGGCCAGACGGAAGCCACUCCUCAGUAAAAGGCACAUGACAGCCCGCUUGGAGUUUGCCAAAAGGCACCUAAAGGACUCUGGUCUGAUGAAACCAAGAUUGAACUCUUUGGCCUGAAUGCCAAGCGUCACAUCUGGAGGAAUCCUGGCACCAUCCCUACGGUGAAGCAUGGUGGUGGCAGCAUGCUGUGGGGAUGUUUUUCAGCGGCAGGGACUGGAAUACUAGUCAGGAUUGAAGGAAAUAUGAACAGAGCAAGGUACAGAGAGAUCCUUGAUGAAAACCUGCUCCAGAGCGCUCAGGACCUCAGACUGGGUCGAAGGUUCCACCUUCCAACAGGACAACGACCCUAAUCACACAGCCAAGACAAUGCAGAAGUGGCUUCGGGACAAGUCUGAAUGUCAUUGAGUGGCCCAGCCAGAGCCCGGACUUGAACCUGAUUUGAACAUCUCUGGAGAGACCUGAAAAUAGCUGUGUAGCGACGUGCCCCAUCCAACCUGACAGAGCUUGAGAGGAUCUGCAGAGAAAAAUGGGAGAAACUCCCCAAAUACAGGUGUGUCAAGAUUGUAGCGACAUACCCAAGAAGACUCAAUGCUGUAAUCGCUGCCAAAGGUGCUUCAACAAAGUACUGAGUAAAGGGUCUGAAUACUUAUAUAAAUGUGUUAUUUCCAGGGUUUUUUGUUUUUGCAAAAAUUCCUAGAAACUUGUUUUUGCUUUGACAUUAUUGGGUAUUGUGUGUCGAUUGAUGAGGUGGGGAAAAAAUGUACCUUUUUUUUAGAAUAAGGCUGUAACGUAACAAUGUGGAAAAAGUAAAGGGGUCUGAAUACUUUCCGAAUGCACUGUAUGUAUUCAAGUUUUUAACAUGGGUUUUUUUUUUGUUCAAAUUGCUGCGCUUGGAUCCAGCCAUUCAAGGUAACGUUAUGAGCAUUCCGUCUUUUCUGUUUGCUUAUGUUGUGCUACGUUGAAGGUCUAUUUUAGAAAAGAUCAGUAGCAAAGAGCUCUGAUAAAGGUUCUGCUUUGUUGGAUGUUUGUUGUAAUCUAUUACGUGAUCGUUGUAGAUCCGUUAGAUCCAGCCACAUCACUCCCUAACAAUAAUAGAUUUUGAAUGUUAAGGAAAUAAAGAUGUAACUGUAGAUACUAACAUGGAUGUCUCUCGCCCCCCCCCUCCACCCCCCCCAGACGGGUUGUUCCCCAUGGUGCUGAAACGUCUGUCAUCCCAGGUGAUUCUGCUCCAGGUGUGGCUGGCCCACCUGUGGAAGAUGUUCUACGAAGCCCGUAAACCCCGCAGCCAGGUUAAGAACGAGGUCACCAUAGAAACGCUGUCUAGGGAUGAGUUCAACCUGCAGAAGAUGAUGGUCAUGGUCACCGCCUCGGGGAAGGUGAGUGGUGGGGUGUGUGUGUAUAGAGAGUGAGAUGGCAGACAGGUUGAAGAAAAAAGAAAAUAAAUGAGAGAUAGGAUCUACCGUCUGACGACCUCAGCAUCAACAUUGGUAGAGAUGGGAUCUACCGUCUGUCGACCUCAGCACCAACAUUGGUAGAGAUGGGAUCUACCGUCUGACGACCUCAGCACCAACAUUGGUAGAGAUGGGAUCUACCGUCUGACGACCUCAGCACCAACAUUGGUAGCGAUGGGAUCUACCGUCUGUCGACCUCAGCACCAACAUUGGUAGAGAUAGGAUCUACCGUCUGACGACCUCAGCACCAACAUUGGUAGCGAUGGGAUCUACCGUCUGACGACCUCAGCACCAACAUUGGUAGAGGUAGGAUCUACCGUCUGACGACCUCAGCACCAACAUUGGUAGAGAUGGGAUCUACCGUCUGACGACCUCAGCACCAACAUUGGUAGAGAUGGGAUCUACCGUCUGACGACCUCAGCACCAACAUUGGUAGCGAUGGGAUCUACCGUCUGACGACCUCAGCACCAACAUUGGUAGAGGUAGGAUCUACCGUCUGACGACCUCAGCACCAACAUUGGUAGAGAUGGGAUCUACCGUCUGACGACCUCAGCACCAACAUUGGUAGCGAUGGGAUCUACCGUCUGACGACCUCAGCACCAACAUUGGUAGAGGUAGGAUCUACCGUCUGACGACCUCAGCACCAACAUUGGUAGAGAUGGGAUCUACCGUCUGACGACCUCAGCACCAACAUUGGUAGCGAUGGGAUCUACCGUCUGACGACCUCAGCACCAACAUUGGUAGAGAUGGGAUCUACCGUCUGACGACCUCAGCACCAACAUUGGUAGAGAUAGGAUCUACCGUCUGACGACCUCAGCACCAACAUUGGUAGAGAUAGGAUCUACCGUCUGACGACCUCAGCACCAACAUUGGUAGAGAUGGGAUCUACCGUCUGACGACCUCAGCACCAACAUUUGUAGAGAUGGGAUCUACCGUCUGUCGACCUCAGCACCAACAUUGGUAGCGAUGGGAUCUACCGUCUGACGACCUCAGCACCAACAUUGGUAGCGAUGGGAUCUACCGUCUGACGACCUCAGCACCAACAUUGGUAGAGAUGGGAUCUACCGUCUGUCGACCUCAGCACCAACAUUGGUAGAGAUAGGAUCUACUGUCUGACGACCUCAGCACCAACAUUGGUAGAGAUGGGAUCUACCGUCUGUCGACCUCAGCACCAACAUUGGUAGAGAUGGGAUCUACCGUCUGACGACCUCAGCACCAACAUUGGUAGCGAUGGGAUCUACCGUCUGUCGACCUCAGCACCAACAUUGGUAGAGAUGGGAUCUACCGUCUGACGACCUCAGCACCAACAUUGGUAGCGAUGGGAUCUACCUAGUCACUUUACUGGAACACAAUCUGGAACACAAUCUGUAAUAUCACCUGGUUAUAUUAUAUCAUGGAACACAAUCUGUAAUAUCAACUGGUUAUAUUAUACAGUGGGGGAAAAAAGUAUUUAGUCAGCCACCAAUUGUGCAUGUUCUCCCACUUAAAAAGAUGAGAGAGGCCUGUAAUUUUCAUCAUAGGUACACGUCAACUAUGACAGACAAAAUGUGGGAAAAAAAUCCAGAAAAUCACAUUGUAGGAUUUUUAAUGAAUUUAUUUGCAAAUUAUGGUGGAAAAUAAGUAUUUGGUCAAUAACAAACGUUUUUCAAUACUUUGUUAUAUACCCUUUGUUGGCAAUGACACAGGUCAAACGUUUUCUGUAAGUCUUCACAAGGUUUUCACACACUGUUGCUGGUAUUUUGGCCCAUUCCUCCAUGCAGAUCUCCUCUAGAGCAGUGAUGUUUUGGGGCUGUCGCUGGGCAACACGGACUUUCAACUCCCUCCAAAGAUUUUCUACGGGGUUGAGAUCUGUAGACUGGCUAGGCCACUCCAGGACCUUGAAAUGCUUCUUACGAAGCCACUCCUUCGUUCACAUAUGGAAUCAUGUAGUAACCAAAAAAUUGUUAAACAAAUCUAAAUAUAUUUUCUAUUCUUCAAAGUAGCCACCCUUUGCCUUGAUGACAGCUUUUGCACACUCUUGGCAUUCUCUCAACCUACUUCAUGAGGAAUGCUUUUCCAACAGUCUUGAAGGAGUUCCCACAUAUGCUGAGCACUUGUUGGCUGCUUUUCCUUCACUCUGCAGUCCGACUCAUCCCAAACCAUCUCAAUUGGGUUGAGGUCGGGUGAUUGUGGAGGCCAGGUCAUCUGAUGCAGCACUCCAUCACUCUCCUUCUUGGCUAAAUAGCCCUUACACAGCCUGGAGGUGUGUUGGGUCAUUGUCCUGUUGAAAAACAAAUGAUAGUCCCACUAAGCACAAACCAGAUGGGAUGGCAUAUCGUUGCAGAAUGCUGUGGUAGCCAUACUGGUUAAGUGUGCCUUGAAUUCUAAAUAAAUCACAGACAGUGUCACCAGCAAAGCACCAUCACACCUCCUCCUCCAUGCUUCACGGUGGGAACCACACAUGCAGAGAUCAUCCGUUCACCCACAUCGCAUCUCACAAAGACACAGCGGUUGGAACCAAAGAUCUCAAAUUUGGACUCAUCAGCCCAUGUUAGCGGUGGGGUUAUGGUAUGGGCAGGCAUAAGCUACAGACAAUGAACACAAUUGCAUUUUAUCGAUGGCAAUUUGAAUGCACAGAGAUACCGUGACGAGAUCCUGAGGCCCAUUGUCGUGCCAUUCAUCCGCCGCCAUCACCUCAUGUUUCAGCAUGAUAAUGCACGGCCCCAUGUCGAAAGGAACUGUACAGAAUCCCAUUCAACUGGAAAUGGCCCUGUUCUUCCAUGGCCUGUAUUCUCACCAGACAUGUCACCCAUUGAGCAUGUUUGGGAUGCUCUGGAUCGACGUGUACUACAGCAACUUCGCACAGCCAUUGAAGAGGAGUGGGACAACAUUCCAGAGGCCACAAUCGACAGCCUGAUCAACUCUAUGCGAAGGAGAUGUGUCACGCUGCAUGUGGCAAAUGGUGUGAUCACACCAUAUACUGACUGGUUAUCUGAUCCACGCCCCUACCUUUUUUUUAAAGGUAUCUGUGACCAUCGGAUGCACAUCUGUAUUCCCAGUCAUGUGAAAUCCAUAGAUUAGGGCCUAAUGAAUUUGUCAAUUGACUGAUUUCCUUUUAUAUGAACUGUAACUCAGUCAAAUCUUUGAAAUUGUUGCAUGUUGCGUUUUUAAUAAUUUUGUUUUACAUUAUUAGAGAAAAAAAUUGAAUGGCGCUUUGACAUCUGUUGGAGUAGUGGAUUACCUGCCCAUCCCUAUGCUGAGUGAUCCGUUGGCGUAGCAACACAAGCUCUAUAUGCUCUGAAUAUCUUGUGGUGUUUUUUUGUGCAAUGGAUGAGUUAACUAUUGGAAUGUUUGAUUUGUUCACAGCACAUUCAUCUCAGCCAAUAGUCUUGAGUCGUACUUUAUAGGACACUGUGUUUAGCUGAAGGAGUCAUCUUUGAUCUCUGUCUGGUUCCAGCUCUUUGGCAUCGACAGCAAGUCAGGCUCUAUUCUAUGGAAGCACUAUCUGGAGAAUGUCCAACCCAACGCAGCUUUCAAACUGAUAGUCCAAAGGACCACUGCUCACUUCCCCCAUCCCCCACAGUGCACUCUGCUCAUCAAGGAUAAGGUAGGAACAGCAUCAUGGACUGUUGCAAACUAGUCCUUACUACACCAUUUUGUGGGUGUUGUUUAUUUUUUUAUUUUUUUAUGUGAGCUCUGGCGAUUUUAAGUUUCCCAAAUUUAUUUAUUACAUAUGGCGAAUGAACUUAGUGUACAUUUGAUCUUGAACGUGAAAAAUACGUAUGUGGCCGUAGUUAAACCACCGAAGCGUUUACAUAGCUAUGCAGGGCAGCCCCUAAUCCGACUGGAUCUAAUGUUGGGUGAAAUGUCUCUAGUUUUCUGAACAUUUCUGCUGUCUCUGUGUCUGUUGUUCCCCCCCAGGACACUGGCCUGGCCACCCUGCAUGUGUUCAACCCCAUCUUUGGCAGGAAGAGCCAUAUAGCCCUGCCUGCCCUGCCCCGCCCCAUCCUCCAGUCAUUACUAUUACCUGUUAUAGACCAGGACUACGCCAAGGUCCUGCUGCUGGUCGACGACCAAUACAAGGUAGGUCUGCAUCUGUCUGAUUUUAAGGCCUUGGGGGGAUGAAACGUCAACGGGUUUUAACUAAUGUGCUGCGUUAUGGGAGAGCCUAUGUUUUCUAAUGUACCUGUUAUUGUUCACUGCACCUCUAUACAUCUUGGUUGAGGGCUGUGGACUCACCAUUCUAUAUUUAAUGCAUGUCCUCCCCUCCCUCCCUCCCCCCCCUCCCUCCCUCCCCCCCCCUCCCUCCCUCCCUCCCUCCCUCCCUCCCUCCCUCCAGGUGACAGCCUUCCCCUCCACUAAGAACGUUCUGCAGCAGCUUCAGGAGAUGACCUCCUCCAUCUUCUUCUACCUGGUCCACUCAGAGCAGGGAACCUUGUCUGGAUUCAGGCUGCGCAAGGUGACAACACUGUGUGUGUGUGUGUGUGUGUGUGUGUGUGCGAGCAUGGGACAUUUGUUUAUGUGUGAAUGUGGCAUUCAGUGUGUGUGUGUGUGUGACAUUUGUGUGUGUGUGUGUUUGUGACACUAAACGUGUGUGUUCCUCCAGGACCUGUCCACAGAGCUGAUCUGGGAGGUGGUUCUACCUAUUGAGGUCCAGAAGAUAGUAGCGGUCAAAGGGAAGAGACCCAACGAGCAUGUCCACUCUCAGGGCAGAGUGAUGGGGGACCGCAGUGUGCUCUACAAGGUAACGACAGCUCUAUGUACUAGUAAACUAGAGGGUCCACACUCAAAAAUGAGGGAUUAAGGGACGGUUUCCCGGAUCCAGAUUUCGACUAGUCUAAAAUAAAUUUUCAAACUGGCACCAAAAGUUGAACUUUUAAUGAUUCUCAAGGGGCAACAAGUGCAAAUACCAACGUUUUUGGAAAUAAUAAAAAUAGUAAUAUUGUGUGAAGACUUGAAUAACAGACUCUUUUUACCACAGUACCUAAACCCUAACCUGCUGGCAGUGGUGACGGAGAGUACAGACGCCCACCCUGAGCGUGCCUUCGUGGGCAUGUUCUUGGUCGAUGGUGUGACCGGACGCAUCAUCCAUGAAGCCGUCCAGAGGAAGGCCAGGGGGCCCGUCCACUUUGUCCACUCUGAGAACUGGGUGGUGGUGAGUAGUAGUAGUAGUAGUAGUAGUAGUAGUAGUAGUAGUAGUAGUGUCAUCAGUAGUAGUAGUAGUAGUAGUAGUAGUAGCAGCAUCAUCAGGAGUAGUAGUAGUCGUAGGCAGUACAGGAGUAGUAAGCAGUAGUAAGUAGUAGUAGUAGUAGUAGUAGUGUAGCAUCAGUGUAGUAAUUAGUAGUAGUAGUAGUAUAGUAGUAGUAGUAGUAGUAGAUAGCAUCAUCAGUAAGUAGCAGUAGUAGUAGUAAGCAGCAUCCAGUAGUAGUAUUAGUAUAGCAUCAAGUGUAGUAGUAAGCAGUAGUAGUAGUAAGGCAGAGUAGCAUCAAGUAGUAGUAGUAGUAGUAGCAUCAUCAGUAUAGUAGUAGUAGUAUCACAUAGUAGUAGUAGUAGUAGUAGCAGCUCAUAUCAGUAGUAGUUAGUAGUAGUAGCAUCAUCAUAGUAGUAGUAGCAGUAGUAGUAGUAGCAGUAGUAGCAUCAUCAGUAGUAGUAGUAGUAGUAGUAGCAUCAUCAGUUAGGUAGUAGUAGUAGUAGUAUAGUAGUAUAGUAGUAGUAGUAGCAUCAUCAGUAAGUAGUAGCAGUAGUGCAGUAGUAGCAGUUAAGUAGAGUCAUCAGUAGUUAGUAGUAGUAGUAGUUCUAGUAGUGGUAGUAGUUAGCAUCAUCAGUAGUAGUAGUAGUAGUAGUAGUAGUAGUAUUAGUAGUAGUCAGUAGUACAGUAGCAUCAUCAGUAGUAGUAGUAGUAUUCAGUAGUAGUAGUAGAGUAGAGUAGUCAUCAUCAGUAAUAGUAGUAGUAGUAGCUAUCAUCAUAGUAGUAUUAGUAGUAGUAGACAUCAUCAUCAUCAGUAGUAGUAGUAGAUCAUCAGUAGUAUAGUAGUAGUAGCAUCAUCAGUAGUAGUAGUAGUUAGUAGUAGUACUAGUAUUUAGUAGUAGCAGCAGUCAUCAGUAGUAGUAGCAAGCAGUAGCCAUCAUCAGUAGUAGUAGUAGCAUCAUCAUAGCAGGGAGUAGUAGUAUAGUAGUAGUAGUAGUAUAUAUAUAUAUCAAUAGUAGUAGUAGCAUCAUUCAUCAGUAGUUAGUAGUAGUGAAUUCAUCAUAGUAGUAGUAGUAGUAGUAGCAUCAUCAUCAGUAGUAUUAGUAGUAGUAGUAGCAUAUACAGUAUGUAGUAGUAGUAUUAGUAGUGAGCUCAUCAUCAGUAGUAUGUAGUAGUAGUAGUAGAUCAUCAGGUAGUACGUAGUAGCAGUAUUAGUAGUAGCAUCAUCAUCAGUAGUAGUAGUAGUAGCAUCAUCAGUAGUAGUAUAGUAGUAGUAGCAUCAGUAGUAGUAGAUAGUAGUAGUAGUAGUAGAUUAGUAGUAGUAGCAUCAUCAUCAGUAGUAGUAGUAGUAGUAGUAGUAAGUAGUAGUAGUAGUUAGUAUUAGUAGUAGUAGCAUAUAUAGUAGUAGUAGUAGCAUCAUCAGUAGUAGUAGUAGUAGUAGUAGUAGUAGUAGUAGUAUUAGUAGUAGUAGCAUCAUCAUCAGUAGUAGUAAAUAGCAUCAUCAGUAGUAGUAGUAGUAUUAGUCGUAGUAGCAUCAUCAUCAGUAGUAGCAUCAUCAUCAGUAGUAGUAGUAGUAGUAGUAGUAUUAGUAGUAGCAUCAUCAUCAGUAGUAGUAGUAUCAUCAGUAGUAGUAGUAGUAGUAGGGAGUAUCAGUCAGUAGAGUUAGUAGUAGCGUAGUAGCACAUCAGUAGUAGUAGUGGCAUCAUCAUCAGUAGUAGUAUUAGUAGUAGUAGUCAUCAUCAUAGUAGUAUUAGUAGUAGCAUCAUCAUCAGUAGUAGUAGCAUCAUCAUCAGUAGUAGUAGUAUCAUCAGUAGUAGUAGUAGUAGUAUCAUCAGUAGUAGUAGUAGUAGUAGUAGUAGUAGUAGUAGUAGUAGUAGUAGUAUAGUAGUAGUAGUAGUAGUUAGUAGUAGCAUCAUCAUCAGUAGUAUUACCAAAGUAGUAGUAGUAGCAUCAUCAUUAUUAGUAAGUAGUAGUUAUAGUUUGUAGUAGUAGCAUCAUCAGUAGUAGUAGUAUAGUAGUAGUAGUAGUAGUAGAUCAUCAGUAGUAGUAGAUAUUAGUAGUAGUAGUAUCAUCAGUAGUAGUAGAGUUAGUAGUAGUAGUAGUAGUAGUAGUAGCAUCAUAUUAGUAGUAGUUAAACAGCAUCAUCAGUAGGUAGUAGUAGUAGUAAGUAGUAGUAGUAGUAGUAGUAGUAGUAGUAGCAUCAUCAGUAGUAGUAGUAGUAGCAGCAGUAGCAUCAUCAGUAGUAGUAGUAGUAUUAGUAGUAGCAGCAUCAUCAGUAGUAGCAUCAGUAGCAUCAUCAGUAGUAGUAGUAGCAUCAUCAUCAGUAGUAGUAGUAGUAGUAGUAGCAUCAUCAUCAUCAGUAGUAGCAUCAUCAUCAUCAGUAGUAUUAGUAGUAGUAGCAUCAUCAUCAUCAGUAGUAGUAGCAUCAUCAUCAGUAGUAUUAGUAGUAGUAGUAGCAUCAUCAGUAGUAGUAGUAGUAUUAGUAGUAGCAUCAUCAUCAGUAGUAGUAGUAGCAUCAUCAUCAUCAGUAGUAGCAGUAGUAGUAGUAGCAUCAUCAGUAGUAGUAGUAGUAUUAGUAGUAGCAUCAUCAUCAGUAGUAGCAUCAUCAUCAGUAGUAGUAGUAGUAGUAGUAGUAGUAUUAGUAGUAGCAUCAUCAUCAGUAGUAGUAUCAUCAGUAGUAGUAGUAGUAGUAGUAGUAGUAUCAUCAGUAGUAGUAGUGGCAUCAUCAUCAGUAGUAGUAUUAGUAGUAGUAGCAUCAUCAGUAGUAGUAUUAGUAGUAGCAUCAUCAUCAGUAGUAGUAGCAUCAUCAUCAGUAGUAGUAGGUAGUUAGUAGUAGUAGGGAGUAGUAGUAUCAUCAUCAUCAGUUAGUAUCUAGCAGUAGUAGUGUAGUAGCAUCUCAUCAUUAGUAGUAGUAGUAGUAGUAGCAGCAUCAUCAGUAGUAGUAGUAGUAGUAGUAGUAGUAGCAUCAUCAGUAGUAGUAGUAUUAGUAGUAGCAUCAUCAUCAGUAGUAGUAGUAGUAGUAGUAGCAGUAGUAGCAUCAUCAUUAGUAGUAGUAGCAGCAUCAGCAUCAUCAGUAGUAGUAGUAGUAGUAGUAGUAGUAGUAGUAGAGUAGUAGUAGUAGUCAUCAUCAGUAGAUAGCAUAGUAGUAGUAUAGUUAGUAGUAGCAUCAUCAGUAGUAGUAGUAGUAGUCAUUAGUAGUAGCAUCAUCUAUCAGUAGUAGUAGUAGUAUUAGUAGUAGCAUCAUCAUCAGUAGUAGUAGUAGUAGUAGUAGUAGUAGUAGUAGUAGUAGUAGUAGUAGUAGUAGUAGUAGCAUCAUCAGUAGUAGUAGUAGUAGUAGCAUCAUCAGUAGUAGUAGUAGUAGUAUUAGUAGUAGCAUCAUCAUCAGUAGUAGUAGUAGUAGUAGUAGUAGUAGUAGUAGUAGUAUCAUCAGUAGUAGUAGUAGUUACAGUCACAAGUGUUCCAAAGAUGAUUUCUGUGGUGAGAGAAAUGUUAAUGAACUACUGCCUUCCAGCUACUGAGUAACCCUCAGCAUUUUCUCCCCCCAGUAUGAGUACUGGAACACCAAGUCCAGGCGUAAUGAGUUCAGUGUGCUGGAGCUGUUUGAAGGAACAGAGCUGUAUAACAGCACUGUGUUCAGUAGUCUGGACAGACCCUACCUGCCCCAGGUCCUACAGCAGACCUACAUCUUCCCAUCUCCCAUCACCACCAUGGAGGCUACGCUCACCGAGAAGGGCAUCACCUCCAGGCACCUCCUGGGUCAGUAUGGGUGGGGUGGAUGGAUGUAGGGGUGGUUGGGUGAAUGGAUGGAGGGGUCGGUGGGUGGGUGGGUGGAGGGUUGGGUGGGUGGGUGGAUGAAUGGAGGGGUGGGUGGAUGAAUGGAGGGGUGGGUGGAUGAAUGGAGGGGUGGGUGGAUGAAUGGAGGGGUGGGUGGAUGAAUGGAGGGGUGGGUGGAUGAAUGGAGGGGUGGGUGGGUGGGUGGAUGGAGGGGUGGGUGGAUGGAUGGAGGGGUGGGUAGAUGGAGGGGUGGGUAGAUGGAGGGGUGGGUGGACAGAGUGGUUGGUGGGUGGAAGGAGGGUUGGGUGGGUGGGUGUUGCUCACUGGGAAGGGCACCACCAGCAGACACCUCCUGGUUCAGUACUUUGUUUAUUGUUUAAAUAAUAAAGAGAUAGCAAAACGUUGCGUAAACAAUAGCCAAGGAUACCGUAACCAACGAUACUAAGUAUUUGUUAAUAACAGUCAUUAAUGGUUCACAGUUUCAUUUUUUUAUUGCUAAACCUUUAGUUAUGCAGAUUUUUCUUUGGUGUCAUGUACCAGUUUAGUGGAUUUAAUGCCCUCUUUCACCACCAUAUCUAUCGGUAUCGUAACUCUCAUUUUUCUCUGGAUAUUUCUCGCUCAAAGUGGGGCUACCAUCAGGAGCCAUCUUGUCUCUCCCCAAGAUGUUCCUGGAUCCACGGAGACCAGAGGUCGUCACUGAACACAGCCGGUUAGUACCAACAACACAUACCCCUGGGUCAUGUUCAUUUGGCACCAAAUGGAAGAAAAUGGACUGAAACAGGGUCCAACAAGAAACGCUCAUUUUCUAUUGCAAAACGUUUUGCAAAGGUGUGCGCUAAUGAACAGGACCCUGUUGUUUUAUAACGUUAUCUGACCGUUUAGAGAGGAAUACUGGUUCCUUGUCACUAUAUGAAAUGAUGAAAGUAAGAAUUGGUUUAUCAUUUAUUUUCAGUGAAGAGAAUCUUAUACCCUACGCCCCAGAGAUGCCCAUCCGCACAGAGUGGUUCAUCAACUACAAUCAGACCGUAUCGAGAGUGAAAGGAAUCUACACUGCCCCCUCUGGCCUGGAGUCCACAUGUCUGGUGAGUCUAUAGGCCAUUUAGAACACUAUCUUUUGAUGUAUCGAGUCUGGACUGACUUCUGUAUUUCCAAGAAAUGGUACACUGACAAUGCAGAGGGAAUGUAGAUUAAAUGAAGAUUCAACUAUAAUGUAGGUCAAUAUUUAACAUGGAAAUGUAUAUGUUUUGUUACAGGUGGUUGCGUACGGUCUUGACAUCUACCAAACCAGAGUGUACCCCUCCAAGCAGUUUGACGUGCUGAAAGAUGACUAUGAUUACGUCCUGAUCAGCAGUGUUCUGUUCGCACUGUUCUUCGCCACCAUGAUUAGUAAACGUCUGGCACAGGUCAAACUGCUCAACCGGGCCUGGCGGUAAAGAGUCAACUUAGGCCUUUCAACUCUGACCUCCCCAUUGCUGCGUGGAUGAACCCGGACGAUGGAGGUGGACGAGCUGAAGCCGAUUUGGAGAUCUCAGCUUAAAAUCACCCCAAUGUGUAAAUUGAUGGGGGGGAGGGGUCCAUCUUUCUUUUUCAACGGAAGAGGUUCAUUUCGAUGUGCAUAAUUUAUUUGGUGACACUUUACAUUGAGGUAGCCUUUAAGGGGAGUUAUGUCAUUGCCAUUUAACAAAUAAUUAACUAAACCACUGAUAAACCAUUUAUAUAACCUCCCUUAAAGGAUAGCUUAAUGUAAAGUGCUUUUCAUGAUCACACUUUAUGAAAUUACAUUUUCUUUCACCACAACGAAAGAGCAGUCCAUGAUUACUUGGUGCAUCUCAGAGCAAGUGUUCUUAUACUGAAGCUCUGGAACACUGUUUAGCUGUGAACGAUUACUAAAAAGUCUAAAGAUUAGACCUAAUUUAAGAUGACUAAAUGUGGUACAAAUCAGGGGGGGGGGGUUUGAUGAUUACUUUUGUUUAAUUGGGUUUUUAAUCUUUUUUUGUUGGUCAAGAUGUUUUGUUAAUAAUGUUUGUUAAAAGGAACUGUGGUGUGGGUGGUGUUCGGGUGUACUGAGGGGUUUGUUUUUGGGAUCGUCUGCCUCCGAGGCCAGCACUGUUGGUCUUUCUUUGAUGCACUGGAAGUUUUGUGUUCACAUGAUUUAGCUUAACUAAUAUUGUCCCCCAUGGCUUUUGUGUAAACGAUAGUUUGUGUACAGUAUAUUUAUGUCUUAAAAACAUUUAUUAGUAUGGCACUCCAGAGUAUUCAUUUUUCCUAUUGGGGAGAAUAGACAACUGCUUGUGCAACACAUUUUCACCAAAACGCCAAUACCCUCAAUAAAAUGAUUAUUACCAUUUAUGAAAGUCUGUAUUCAAUUUUUAGCGGUUUACAAAAGUAGGCCUACUUCUGAUCUUUGGUUGUGCUGUAAAU